AUGAAUCAAUAUUACACCAAUGUGGAAGAAACACAAAAAGUAGUGAACAUUUCAUUCACUAAUUGGAAUGAAUCCAUCGUCAAUGUUUAUAUUAAAGUCAAUUCGAAACCAUCCCUGACCGAAUAUGAUUAUUUACUGACAGAGAGUGAUUCCAUUCUUUCCAUUAGCAAUACACUAAAUCAAACUUAUUACAUUGGUGUGUAUGGAAAAGGUGGAGGUCAAAAAGGUGACUUUAUUGAAUUGUACUCCUUGACAGUUGCCAAAUCUGAAAAUCCAAAUCCUGACACCCCUUUUUGGGAUUUAUUAACAAUAUUCAUGGUUUUAUUCUUUGGAGGUGGUGGAUUGGUUGUUAGUGUUGUUGUCAUUCUUAUUGUUAUUCUUGUUUGUUGUGGAAUAAUUUCAUGUGCAAUUUGUAACAACAGAAAGAAGGAAUUGAGCAAUUCGAUUAAUUAUGGAAAUAAUCAACAUCACUUUCAAAUAGAAUAUUAUCAACAUAUUUAA